UGUUCCCUCUACUAACAAAACCAAACCUUUGAAUAAAAACUAUUCUUAUGCAAAGAAAUCCGUGAACACACUCAUCGGAGCAUGCCGAAUAAUGCUGCAUACAAGCAAAGGGUUGUAUGACUGACUCACCGUGCCAGCACUAAGGAGAAAAUCUGAACCAUCGUACAAAAUGUUAGACAGCAUCAACAUGAUUAAACUAAGUGUAGCGCUCUUGAUGUUUUUCUUUUGUGUAGUGGAACCACAUACGUUUCACAAAAGAGCAGAGACUUGUGAAGAUUACGAAAAGCUUGGAAUCGAAGCAUUCCGUUGUAAAAAUAAGGAAAAGGGUGAAAUCCAUUGUAUUGAACCUAAAUUUGAAUGUGAUUCGAUAAUAGACUGUCUUGAUGCCAGUGAUGAAGAUCACUGCCAGAAACAACAUGCCGAGUAUUGUGCUAAUGGAUUUGAAGGGAAGAUUCUUCAUGGAAAACCUAUGGAAAAAUUCCAGUGUGAUGAUGGCAUGUGUAUAGAAGAUUGUAGACGAUGUAAUGGAAGGGCCGAGUGUGUUGACAAGUCAGACGAGAAAGGCUGCUCUAAAGAAAUGCGCCGCCAACGAACGAAAUGCGACUUUGAAUUACAUGACGGAAAUGAAUUAUGAACAUAGUACAAUUGGAAAAAACAAUUUUGACUAUUAUUUUUUGAUAUUAAUUUUUUUUUUAUUAAUUUGAAUUGUUUUUUCUUUCACAUUCAACAAAAUUUAAUAUAAAACAAAACAAUGACUAGUAUUUUGUUUUUCAUGCUCACACGAAGAAGCUGGAGUUAGUGAAGAUUUGUAGGCCUAUUUGAAAUAAUAAAAUAUUUUAAUGAAAUUAUAAUAUUUAAACUUGAUAGUGUUGUAUCAUAACGGAACAAUAGGACAUACAGCUUCUACUCUUACAAUAAAUAUAAUGAAUCAGUUUCAUUAUGAAAAUAGAAUGUAGUAGGCCUACCGGUAACUGAUCAUAAGAACUACGUAAAAAUAGUUUUAUGUACACGUGUUUUUCUACAAAAAUCUUAAAAUAUUGCUACCAUAAAUUUAAAAGCGAUGGUGAAUUAAACGACUGCUAAUUUGCGA